AUGGAAGAAACACCUGGACCUCUGCCAGACGAUAAUGGACCGAAACAAGGAUCAGUCACAGCGUCAGCAGGUUCCCCAAGGAUCCAGCUUCUGUUCUGCUGCUUCUACAGCCGGAACCAGAAUAAACAGAACCAAAGGAGGCGCAACGAGAGGCAGAGGAACCCAGAAGAGGCAGAAAACCUGGAAACCAGGACAUCCAGAGGACAAAGAGUUUUCAACAAAGAGGUAAAAACUGGAGAAGAAGACACUGAUGUUGGACCUUCAGACCGAGACGGGUAUUAA